AUGAACUCGCCUAUUUUUCCUACCAAUGAGGACGAAUGGAAGGUCAACUACGAUGGAAAAGACCAGAAACAGGUGUCAGACGGAAGGAGAAUACUAGCUCGGACUCUCUCACUACCAAAGACGAUGUGCAUUCUAUCCGACAAAAAGGCUGAGAUCUCGACAGUUACCGAGCUGGCAUCUCCGAAAAUAAAGCUUCCACGGCUCGGAAAUGAUAUCGUGGAAAGGGUGUUUCCAGUUCGGUCUGUCGUUUCCUUUGAUCCCACUCUUUCUCCUCUCCAAACGCCAUCUUUGGAUAAAGCGGAUAGUCCAUUUCCUCAGAUACCACUCGAAGAUACCCCACAAAUGAGUGAAACGGUCGACGAUCCAUAUGGACGAUCUUAUAAAAGUCCCACGAGAGACACAAGGGAUCUAGAACCAGCACCGACAAGACCAAAUUACCUAGCUCGGAUGCACAGUCAAUUAAGUCUUUCCAAUAUUUCACCAUUGAUAUCAAGGUUGCCGGAAGAAGACGGAAAUUUGGUCUCUAUUGAAAUGUCGCCUUCGAGUCUUAACGCCCAGUUACAAAGUGCAAUUCGCGAGAGUGGAGAGGUUUUGACUACGAACGAGUUGAAACCAGGGCUUGGGUACCCCGAGGAUGAAACGAGUGUGGCAGUUCAGCCAUUUGGAGCAUUGUUAGCUCUCUCGGAGGUGAAUGAUAACAUGAUUGUUCAAGCUGUUAGCACGAACUCGAAAGAAAUUUUGGGUUAUUCCCCAGAUGAACUGUUUGAAUGUGAAUCCAUCUACACCGUAUUUCCCGGUUCACAGCAGAACAUAUUCUUUUCACACAUUCAAUACGUUUCGAGUGAUGGGUAUGAUGUGGAAACAUGUGGUCCGGAAGUGUUUUCGCUUUGGAUACCUGUCGCUGGAGGUGUUCCCAAGCAUCUUUGGUGCACCAUGCAUACCAGCAAGGCAUCCCAGAUCUACAUCAUUUGUGAGCUGGAAUUCGACGUUGCAGAUACGAAAGAUCGAAAGGAUAUUGGCCCUCAAGGAAUUCUCACUGCCUUGCGAGCUGGAAACAGUGAUGUUCGAACCAAUUCCUAUUCUUCAAGGGAAUUUGAAUCCAGAGGAUCAGAGCUCCUGAACACACUUCCACGUAUUAUACAGCCUUUAUCCAGUGCUCAAACACUCGAAACACUUGUUGAGCACUCCAUAGCCAGUGUGAAACAGGUGGUACGCUUCCAUCGUAUGACUAUGUAUCAUUUUGACAGCGAUCGCAAUGGCAUCGUUGUUGCAGAUUCAGUCGAUGCAUCAUUGGGCAUGAGCUCAUUUGAAGGGUUGGAGUUCUCGGAGUCAACUUUCCCGGCAAAUUUGAAGAAACAAUACCUCCGGAAUAAAGUCUCUUUUGCCUAUCGAAGAAAUAUAGACUGUGCAGAAUUAGCCUACCGUGCAUCGACAGUCAUGACUACGCUGGACCUAUCCCAUUGCUAUCUUCUAGCAGCUCCAGCUCCAGGUUCCUCCCCAGCUGAUACAAUUCCUCCAGUGCAGGCUGCUAUAUCGAUUGGCAUUCACGUUUUUGGAAAGCUAUGGGGGCUAAUCUCUUGCCAAUCAUAUGACAAAGGCACUUGGCUUCACCCGCUCAUUCAAAGGACAUGUUGGUUAAUAAGUGAAGCUUGUACUAGCAACAUUGAGCGGCUCUCAUAUACUUUGCCUUUCCAAUUGAUACAAAAGAAUGGCCUUAUUGGCGGAGUGGACAGCAAGCAACACAUUCAAACACCGUCGGGUGAUCUCCUUGACACAUUUGGCGCCGAUUAUGCUGCAACAUCUAUACUGGGAGAAACAAACAUACUAGGAAGGCCUCCAGAUUCUCAAGAAGUUUUGGCUUUGCUGGAAUACCUUCGAGUCAAGGAGCUAGACACUGUCCUGUGGUCAACCGACAUACUUUCUGACUUCGAAGAUCUCGACUACUCUCCUGGGUUUCGCCAUCUCUCCAGCCUCAUAUAUAUCCCUCUGUCCGCUGAUGGACAGGAUUUCAUCAUUCUCUUUCGUGGGCAGAUCGAAGGUGGCAAGGGUCAAACAGAGUGGUCUGCAUGCGAGCUUGGAAAAGCAUCGAUUCUAUCUUUGCUAUACAGAGCUUUCACCGAUAUUUGGCAGGAGAAAGAGGCUACGAUGCAAGAUAAUCAGCUCAUGAGACUCCUCCUCGCCAACUCCGCUCAUGAGUUCCGCACACCUCUCAACGCUAUAAUCAACUAUCUGGAAAUCGCCCUGGAUGGGAAUAUCAAUCAAGAAACCCGAGACAAUCUUUCCAGAUCGCACUCGGCAUCCAAGUCUUUGGUAUACAUCAUCAACGAUUUACUCGAUCUCACCAACGCAGAGAAUGGACAGAAAUUGAUCAAGGAUGAAAUCUUUAGUCUAUCCGAGACUCUAUGUGAGGCGACCAAUAUCUUCUGGGAAGAAGCACGACAGAAGCAUGUCAAUCUUCAAGUAGUACAACAUGCAGCAUUACCUGCCGUCCUCGGUGAUCAGCGACGAGUGCGACAAGUGAUCACAAACCUAAUCAGCAAUGCUGUCCAACAUACUUCCACCGGCGCGGUGACCAUCGAGUCAUGCAUCCUGAGCGAGUCAUGGGAUGACGGUCACAUCGCCAUCGAAGUGGCAAUCCAUGACACAGGCUCUGGCAUGUCCCAAGAAGCAGUCGAAACACUAUUCUGUGAGCUGGAGCAGGUCUCCAACAAAGAAUACACCCAGAGUCCCAAGGCUUACGCGAAGAAUGCGAACAUGUCACCUUCCGAAUCAGAAAGCGUCCUGGGCCUAGGCCUUGCCUUGGUCGCCAGAAUAGUUCGCAAUAUGAACGGGCAACUAAGCCUCAAAUCCCAAGAAGGAAAAGGAAGCUGUUUCAAGAUCCGCCUAAAGUUCUCAUUACCGUCCGAGGACAACGACGCAUCUCAUCACGCCACCCAAUCUACUUCGAACUUAAAUCACCAAUCCGCCACCCAAUAUAUCAACGCAGAUCCUCAAUCUAAUAGACAGGGAUAUGACAGGCCAACACCCAACGAAGACCCGUGUGACAGAAAACAAUCCGUGGAGCAGGAAACCCAAGACCAGCCACCGGAAUGCGGGGUUGUUCCCUGUCACUGUGGUUCACCCUUGGUGUCAGAUUCAGCCAUCGGCAAAGCGGACAACCCACUCGUAGAUGCUGAUAUCUCACUCAAUGGAGAAUCCCGAAAUCUGACCGUUCUUGCUUCUGGCGCCAAGGUCGAAGACAAGGUACCUUUGCGCUCUAGUUCUGGCCAAGCGCCGCACUCCGUCAUGGAUUCCACUUCAACUUCCACUUCCCCGACCGGUCCGGGUGAGACAGAGAAAGGAACUAAUUCCAUGACUGGGGGCACGCUUCGGAUCCUUAUUGCUGAGGAUGACCCAAUCAAUAGCUCGAUCGUUAAAAAACGACUCGAGAAGUUCGGGUACUCGAUCUGCAUGACGGGGAAUGGCAAAGAAUGUGCUUCUGUGCAUCGGGAAAGUCCAAUAUCGUUUGAUGUGAUUUUGAUGGAUCUCCAGAUGCCUAUUGUGGACGGAUUAUGUGCUACAAAGAUGAUCCGCGAAUACGAGCAGCAAAGUGCGUACCAUAGGACGCCUGUUUUUGCUGUUUCGGCUUCUUUGAUUGAAAAGGAUCGUCAGGUCUAUUUGGAUGCUGGGUUUGAUGGAUGGAUUAUGAAACCUAUUGAUUUCCAACGCGUGCAUUUACUGCUUAAUGGUGUUUUGUCUGCUGAACGGAGAGAUGACGCGCUCUAUCAACCUGGGAUGUGGGAACAGGGGGGUUGGUUUGGAAGAUAG